CUCCCUGGAAGGCAGGCAGGCAGGCAGGCAGGAAGCGAGCGAGCGAGCGAGCGAGCAGCUGGGAGACGCAGGACCCGGCGCCGGGCUUGCGAGGGUUUGCGCCAGGGCCCUCCGUCCGCCGGACCCGACCGUCGCCCGCUGGGACGCCCGCCGAGCAGCAGGAGGCUUGGAACAGCAGGCACCAUGACGCUGGCAGCGUACAAAGAAAAAAUGAAGGAGCUGCCCCUGGUGUCCCUCUUCUGCUCUUGCUUCCUCUCCGACCCCCUAAACAAGCCAUCCUAUAAAUACGAAGUAGAUGCAGUAGACCUGACCUGGUGCGUCAUUUCGGACAUGGAGGUCAUCGAGCUCAACAAGCGCACCUCGGGCCAGUCCUUCGAAGUUAUCCUGAAGCCCCCCUCCUUUGACGGGAUCCCCGAAUUCAGCGCCUCCCUGCCCCGGCGACGCGACCCCUCCCUGGAGGAGAUCCAGAAGAAGCUGGAAGCUGCCGAGGAACGGCGCAAGUACCAGGAAGCAGAGCUCCUGAAGCACCUGGCCGGAAAGCGGGAGCACGAGCGGGAGGUGAUCCAGAAGGCCAUCGAGGAGAACAACAAUUUCAUCAAGAUGGCCAAGGAGCGGCUGAUGCAGAAAAUGGAGUCCAACAAGGAGAACCGCGAGGCACGCCUGGCCGCCAUGCUGGAGCGCCUGCAGGAGAAGGACAAACAUGCCGAGGAGGUCCGGAAGAACAAGGAGCUGAAAGAGGAGGCCUCCAGGUAAAGGGGCCGGCGGCACACGGCAGUUUGGACUGACGGCUCCAGGGAAGGCGGCGGCGGCGGGCAGUGGUCCUGGCGGGGCUGCCGCAGAGCGAGGUUCUGACUGACGACUCGACUCGGGAUUGUCCUCUGCUUUCGUUGUUUGUGAAUGUGAAGAAUCGACUGGUGAAGCC